GAUUGGCUGCUACGAUAUCCGGUGUUUGCUGUUUUUCUGGCGUCGUUAGCAGAUGCUAUUUUAAACCGCACUGCCUUCGUGAGCAGUGGAUUAACAAGUCAAUCUUCGAAAAGGAGUAAGUCAAUAAUAAGAUACUUGGUUUUCGGCGGCCAUUUCACUGACGGCAUGUAAUGAAUGCAACCAGUUGGAUACGGAUAAAAAAGAUACGGUUGGUCGUAUCUAAAUGGGCUGAAUGUGCUGCUGCUGAGACUGUAACUGGAUAAACCAACUGAGUGAAGACAAGUUAGUGGUCCAACCAUUAUUCCGUCAAGUCGUCCGGUGAGAAUGUGUUGAUGAUGCUGAACAGCAGGGGGACCCCCGUCUCCUCCGCCCCCCGCUCAUCGAGACCUGCACCGGGUCCGUCCGUCCUGGGAGCCCCAACCGUCAACGGUACGCCUCGGUGAUGCGAAGGCACAUCUCGGGCAGAAGGGAAGGCCGAGCCCAAAACUGAGACUGGCGAUCUCUCGUGGAAGAGCUUAGCUACAAUGUUCUGUGAUGGAGCACAACCACCAAGAGAUUCUGACAGAUCCUGGUGGAGAACCUGUGCCGACAGCAGACCGGGAGAAUUCUGAGUCCAUCUGUCCAGAAAAGGAGCAGAGGACCUCCUGCAUGGUGAACGAGGAUCUGACCACUAAUGGUUCCUGGUUUCAGAGGUCCCUCUCGCGUUCCAUGCAGCGAGCUGAGUCUUUACUCAGAAGCACCUUUAACCCCAGUCUCAAGUGGCUGUUCCACGGGCGCAGUCAGGAUGAGGAAGAGGCAGAGGGACAUUUUGUGGUCGCUCACAAUCUGGUGUCCCGCUCCUCUGCACGUCUGCUGCAUCUGCAACAAGCUCUUCUGACCGUGGCCCCCCAGUGGCGGCCGGUCAGCCGGGCUCUCAAUGGAUCUCCACAGGUGUGUGUUAAAGGUGUCCCGGCCGAGGUGGGUGUUCUCCUGCGGGCCUCCUCCUCCGUCCUACAGGCGCACUACACGGCUCUGUGGAGGCUGCUGGAGCAGCGCUCCCUGCUGCUCUUCAUACACGAGUACAGCAGGAGGGCUCGCCUAGCCGCAGCCUACGUGUCCAGAAUGAGCCACCUCCUGGAGGAGUCCCACCGGACCUUCCAGCAGACACCGUCCUGCUGGCCUUCAUCCAGCGUUGGUCUCGGUUCCCUGAGUCAGGAGCUGCGGGUCCAUCUCAACCACUGGUCUUGUCUCUUCUCAAAGGUCCGCUCUGACCAUUACCUCAGACCAGCUCUGAUCCGGCACAGCCGGCUGCUGGGGGAAAUCAAACAGACUCUGGACUUACUCGGUCUGCAGGCACUGGUUUUGAUGGAACGUUACGUGCAUGUCAUUCUGUGUGCCAUAGCCCAGGCCGAAUUGGACUCUGUGCCGAGAGACGUCUUGGAGGAUAUUUUAGCUGGAACAGACCUGUACAACCAGGCAGUGGGAGAACAGAGAGUGCAGCGCAGCACCGCCCAGCUGAGGACUGCAGCAUUACAGCGGGCGCAGUUGUCCACACUGGACUGUAGUCUUCCAAACAGCAGAGGGCGACACCCUGCUGCCUUCACCGUCAAAGAGCUGAUGAGGAUUUUAGCGGUGCAUCAAGCAGACAUGGUAGCCAAGCAGCUGUACAGCUGUGCCUCUGAGCAGAGCUGUCCCGUCUGUCAGGUCCACACCAACCACGAGGCCUACGCAUGUUCUGUUAAAGCCGUUAGCCGGGGGCCCAGAUCCAGCUCUGGGACCUCUGCACUAAGACCCGAGUGGUCCUGGGAGCAGCUGCAGCACAUUUCCUCUCUGAUUCAUCAGCGGUCAUCGUCUAGUCACACGUGUCACAAAACUGUUUACAUCCCUGAGCCUCAUUUGGACAGUACUGUCUUUGAGCACCACCAUCCUCUGUUAGCAAAGGCCACUUUGGUCCAAAGCAGACCCGAGGGCUCUAACCAGGCCCAAACCAACCAGUGCCAAACACACACAUCCCACACGGGUCUAAUUCAGACCAUGGAAGCUUUGGACUUGGGUCGAACAAAUCUAGAAAGUUUAGAUAACCAUCAAAGAUUGCAGACCAUUUCACCCCCCUCCACCACCAGCACCCCCCAGCACCCCUCAGCCCCGCCUCCGUCAGGGGUUUGCCAACAGGACCCUUCCUGUGUAGAGCUCUUGUUUCAGGUGCUAGUUUCCUCCAAUGACCUGCUGGCUCCACUGGUGUCCCAUACGCCGGCCCCGGAGGCUCCACCUCAACCACUGCUCCCAGAUGCCAGGACAGAUGUGCUAUCACCAAACGGAAGGACCGACCAGAUGAUUUUAAAUGCUCCCAGGAUGAAUUCCGCUGAUUCAAUGGGCCGGAUUGGUCACAGGUCAGAGCCGAGCAACGUCCGAAAUGUGGAAGGACCUCAGCAGGAAUGUGCUGAAUUGAAACUACCAACCAGCCCAGGAACCGGGAGGGAUGCAGACGUGGCAAAUGAGGAGACCGCAGUGGAGCCGGACAGUCUUCGUUGGCCUCCUUCGGUCCAGUGGUUGGACCUGGGUCAGUCUCUGUUGUUUGUGGAUCUGUUCGGACAGUACCGCAGCCUGCUGUGGACCCUUUGCAGCAAGGCCUUGUGGCUGCAGCUGCAUGCGCCCCAAGCAGGAAACCGCGAGGGGAGCAUCAACCUCCAAGACAAACACGGGGGCCUCCAGAUCCUGCACAGGCUGAGUCGGGCUUCCAAGACUGAUCUGGUUCCAGAGGAGUGCAGCACCAUGCUGGAUGACUUCUGUCUCCAUCUGUUAGUUAUUACAGCACAUGCUCAGUGGGACUAUGAGGUGUGCAGAAGUUUAGGUUCAGCUCUGAAGGACAAGUGUCUUUCCCCUGUGAGUCAGAGUAGCAACUCUGCAACGCCGCCAUCGGAGCAAGAUGCAAAUGUGAUGAUGUCGUUGACUAUGGAGCACCUCCUGCUGCUCCCCCCUCCUCUCCUGUCCUCUCUGAGCUGCCUUCAGUCAGGUUCUUCUAGCAUCUCCCCUUCCAGGCUGCCUCUCCAUAGAAUCACGGUUAGCUUGGUGUUAGCCACAGUGCAGCUGUCCAGGGUCUGGGUCAUGUCCAAGGCCCACCAGUUCCUCUCUUCAUGGAGCCUCAACAAGUUCCUGCUCAUCACACAGGGAGACCUCAAAGGGCUGAGAGAGUCAAUAGAGAUGAUGGUGCAUCAGACGAAGACCCUGAAGAUGAAUUUAGAUAGGAAGCAGCCUUCCACUCUUCAUAGCCACAACCAGCUUCUGCUGAUGCAGCAACUCGUGGCCCUGGACACGACUCUAUCCGAGCUGCAGACCUUCUCUUCUCUGGUGCUGAAGACCUUCUCCAGCGACUGCAAGCGGAUGUCAGGGGAGAUCUUUGAACAGACUAUGCCUUCUGCUGUACACUGGAGACCCAGUCUCAGGACCGGUUUUCCCAGUUGUCCCAGUGAGUACGCGUCUUUGGCAGCUCAGACUGUGAUCGGUCAGGUUUUAGAGGGGGUGGCACCAUUGUCUGAUGAUGCCCGUAUCCAAGCGCUCAGUAUAACAAUGACCGCUUUCAUGGAGGCGUGGAUGGAACACAUCCUGAAACAGAGGAUCAAAUUCAGUGUGCAAGGAGCCCUCCAGCUGAAGCAGGACUUUGAUUCCAUCAGAGACUUGAUCCAGUCAGACAAAUACGGCCUGUCGGCUGAACUCCACCAACGGCUGCUCAGCCUCAGAGUUUUUCAACAAGUGGACUCAGCAGUGGUGUGUCUGCUCCAGCAGCCACAGGCCAGACCGUACCUGCAGUCCAGAGCCUGGGAGCCUUUCACGCGCUGCUGCCCAACCAAAAGGAGCAGAGACCGCCUUGAUGCAGCAGUGGGGAGCAGUAUCACCAACCUGAGGUGUGUGGAGGGGGAGAACCUGACUCUGUCUAACCCGUCCGUUGUGGCGGCCGACGUCCCUGCAGUGAACCCUUCCAGUCCUGGAGAGCCUUACCUUGCUCCAAGUGUAGCUCUGGGGGUUGCUCAGCGGGAAUGGUUGGACCUGAGGAUCCAGGGCAGUGCCCGUCGCUGGAGGCUGCCGGGUCUGCAAUGUCUCUCAAAGUCUGAGACCUGAAUACACACACACGAACCUCUCUGGCUUUUUGGUUUCGUGUCCAAAAGCAUUUUGUAGAAACCUGUUAAAAAUGAUUUUACUCUAAUGUAUAUUUUUGAAAAUGAGACGUCUACUUUUGAAAUAUCUAAAACAAAUUUAUAUAUUAGUCUAUUUAUAUUCAUUAUGAAAAGCUAUUUUUUAUUCCUGAAUAAAAUACAGAAUAUCAUUUGUGAAA